AUGGAGGACAGUCCUAGCAUUGUGCCUGUUUUUAAUCUAACCUCCAUGGACAAACUAUCGAUAUCAUCAUCCAAUAAAUUGCUGAUUUUGGAUUGCCGAAACUUGGAAGCGUCGCAAAUCAUUCCGGAUAUCAAAAUCCUGCACGAGGACAUCAUGAGAGAUUCAAUCAAAGCAGUUUGGUUGGAUACGACCUCGUCACGAUUUAUCGAGAUCAAAGAGCGUCUGAAAAAGUUAUCUAUGGCGACAUCCAUGUUCCAUUUAAUGAAACUUUCAUUACAAGCUCGUGAAACCGAUCUCCAAGAGGCCCAAAAAACGUCUCAACUGAUUGCCUCAAUACCGACUGUGAUGGAAGAUCUGCCCAACUUAAGCCAAAACCAUCCUGGAUUGGUUCGGUACAUUCGCUUGGCGUGCAAACAGGCCCCGAUCUCCUCGAUGAAUCCCCAGCCUUCCACGGGAGUCAAAAGAAAGAAUGCCGAUUGUUACGGCGAUGGUCGAAGAGCAAAGAGAUCGACCUUCAACACAUUAGGGAAUUUUUCUCUUAGCAAGUCGAAGUGCUACAUGUGCCGUUGUCAUUCGGAUUUAGAUCGGCUUUGCUCAGAUUGCAUGGCUCUCAAUGACCAUUACCUUACGACUCAAGUAGAUUUAAUUGGUCGCAAAGCUAUCGUAACCGGGGGUCGGAUCAAAAUCGGUUUCGAAACUGUCUUGCGGCUUUUACGUGAUGGUUGUCAAGUGACUGCCACUACUCGAUUCCCGUUGGAUGCUUUAAAGCGAUAUCAAGAUCUCCGAGAUUACUCCAUGUGGAAAGACCGUCUCAAGAUUGCCUAUCUGAAUCUGGAAGAUUUCGAAUCGAUCAAGACAUUUCUGGACCAUGUCCAAGGCACCAUGGACCAUUUGGACAUUUUGAUCAAUAAUGCAGCUCAAACCAUACACCGGCCCCUGGGGUUCUACCAACAAUUCGAGGCGAUGGAGGCCGCCGAGGUCCAAGAUAGGGCUUGCUUGUCGAUUCCCAGACCUAAGAAUGCCGCUUCCCAAAUGCGUUCCUUGUCUUGGUCUAUUAAAGAAACCACCAACAAUAAGGUUCACUUUCCGCACAAUCAAUUAGACGAGCAUGGCCAACCUUUGGAUUUGAGGCCACGAAAUAGUUGGACUUACAAUCUCGACGAAGUGCCUUUACAGGAGAUGCUUCAGGUAUUGGCCAUUAACACAGUCGGACCCUUCAUUUUGACGUCUCAAUUGAAGCCCCUUCUUCGCAAAAGCCCGUUUCAAAGGAAGUUUGUGAUCAAUGUCUCAGCCAUGGAAGGUCAGUUCAGUCGCCAUAACAAAGGUCAACGACACCCCCAUACCAAUAUGGCUAAAGCGGCGCUGAAUAUGAUGACCCGAACUUCGGGGUUGGAGUUCCAAUUGGAUGGAAUUUUCAUGACGGCCGUGGACACCGGGUGGGUCACGGACGAACGACCUCAUGCUCAAGCCGUGUAUGAAGCGGACCGCGGAUUUACCGUCCCCUUAAAUUGUCGAGAUGGGGCCGCACGUGUAUACCAACCCGUGAUUCACGGGCUCAGUCCCGAAAACCAACCCUAUUUUGCGGUGUUUCUCAAGAACUAUAAAGUUCACCCUUGGUGA